AUGAGGCCAAUAUCAUUUGAAAACUUGAGGAGGCUCGUUGGACGUAAGAAGGAUCGUAACGAGCCAUCCUUCAAGCGCAGCGAGUCCUUCAAAAGAAUAUCGAUAAGAAAGAGUUACCUAGAUCGGGGCAAGAGGAGGAAUAAGGCCCUGCAGAAAGUCAAUGAUAUACAGUCUAAUCAGAGAUCAAACGAUGUUACGGAGAAUGUUAAAAUCAUCGAGGAUGAACCGAGAAAAUUUAAUGAGGAUAAUAGCGAAACAAAGAGCAUUGCAUCAACGAAUAAAUCAAAAAUUUCUGCUCGACGUACCAUAGCUUACGACGACUGGCUCAACGAUGUUAACAGCACAAACAACGAAAAAUUGGCCAACGCUGAGCGGGAAAAUGACGCGAAAAUUGAGCGAAUUAAAUCGUCAAUUUGCGCUGAUUUUGGUGGAUUACGGUUGGACGUUGAGUCGCCAGUGUCAGAGGUAUUCUCAAGGUCAACCUAUUCCGAUGCCAUCGACACGACACCCGACGAUUCCAUGACCUUGGCUGAGGGCGGUCCACCGAGUGUCAGUGUGAGUCUCGGUAGAGUCUGGCUGGACACUGUAAUAAUGCCCUUUCCGUCAGUAUCCUCGGUAUCGUCAAUUAAAAACGAGAUUAAAGAGUCAAGUAGUACGUGCAGCAGCGCCAGUAGUAUAACAUCAAAGGCGCAUCGAUCCCUCGACUCGGCCCUCAAUGAUCGUAAACAAUCGUCUCAAGUUGUUGUUGCAAGAACCGUCUCAGCGCCAGUGAAAAAAUCCAGCAAAAAUGGAAGUACAUUCAACAGUUUUUCCAUGUCCAUUACCAAGAUGAGGCAGUUCAAAUCGAAGAAGAAUGGCCUAUUCUUCAGUAAAAAUUCCAGUAAAUCGUCGCUGAGCGGUGGUGGAUGUGGCGAGACACCGGGCAGUGAUUUAGAGGGCAAUAGCCACAACAGAAGAUCAUCUGCUACCCGUAAAUCCAAUAAUUCAUCCUGCUCCACCAACGACAUUGCACCAUUAACCCUGGAUCAUGAUAAUUUUGGCUUUGUGCCACCUGAGAAACGCAGAUCAAAGAGAGUCCCCCAAAUUUGGCACGAGAUACGCUACUGUUCAAAUAGUCUCGACGAUAUUGAUGCCGGGGAAAUGUCGAGUUUCGAGGUGACUCCACUGCUUUAUGAGUCUCGAAAUUUCAACGAGUGCCAUACACCCAACGAUGAAUUAUUGAAUUCCUACAGGAGUUCAUCGACCUGUUCGAAAUCAUCGAUAGGCUCGUUUCACGGUCCCAAAAUCAGUGAUUUCAAUGAGGACAAGAUAUUGUCCGAAAAAUUACGCGGAAUACUGGCCCAACGCCCCACCUGGCAGCCAUCAAAUGCCCCCCAUGCAGAUCAAGACGAGAAUUUCUUCUCCACUAAUUACUUCAAAGAUUUCAUAAAACCCAAGGAGAAAAAUCCACCGAUUAAUUACUACAGAUGUUUAUCGUCCAGCGAGAGUGAAUCAGACUGUCGUAGAUUCGAUGAUUCUCGAAUUGACAUUAACAAGCGUCGUUUAAUUAAGAGCCAAGAGUACAGUGAUAAGAGAACUGGAUGCGCGGAUAGGGAGAGACGUAAUUUACCGAAGAGACGUUCACAACCUAAACGAAAGUAUCAACAGCAGUGUCAGUCCCAUCAGCGACAGCCUGUAUAUCUUGUACGCAAGUGCUCCUCAUUGAGACGACGACCCAGGGACAUUACGCAAAAAGGAUACGAGAAAAAACGUACGCGUCUGCUCCAGCAGUAUGCCUCAAAGCAGUUGGGAGGCCGGCUUGUACCUGGGGCCACUGCCAGUCCUUCGGGAUCUGGCGGCUCUGGGGGGAACCCCACGGUCAAUGCAACUGCCGCAGCCGCUGCUGCUGCCGCUGCGAGACGGGGUAAUCGAAGACUCACGCGAAAUGAGAGUCGUUACCACUCGGAGGUUCGACAGGAGGCAGUUCAGCAGGCGCUUGCGGCAAUGCAGGGAAGGCCAAAGCCCUCGCUGCCAAUGCCCUCGAAGAGAACAUCAGUAAUGGCGAGAAGUCCCGAUCGUGAUCGUCGAGACAGCGGUGAAUCAAGCAGCGACGAAGACAGCGUUGUAACUGAGGAAUCACCUGGGGCUGGUGGUCCCACCGGUACUGGUCUAUCGGACACAAGUAGUACAGGUUCAGCGCGCGAUACACCACCACCACCAAGACCACCCGCGAGGCGACCACCACCGGCUGACAUAACAGACAUCGCUGAAUACACACCACACGCUUACUGCAAUAUUCAACCGCCUGAUGUUACGCACACAACGACGCAGUCCAGGAGACCAGGGGCUGACAGAGUCAAUCGUUAUCAUGUUGUCGAUGAGAACAACACGGGGACAACGGGGAGGUGGAAGGUGUCGGCUAAGAUACAGCAGCUUUUGAAUACACUGAAGAGACCGAAACGUCGACCACUGCCGGAGUUCUAUGAGGAUGAUGAUAUUGAACUGGAGAUCGCUGCCAAUCCGAAAGAUCCGAAUGCACCGAAACCUGAGGGGGGGAUCAUGACACCUGCUCUUGGGGAACAGCUGUCUGUCCCUUCGGGAUUGCCGAGGUCUUUGGAAGCUGCGAUUCAGAGGUACGGUUCAGCCACGUACAAAGCCCCCGCCGCAACCGUACUCGACCCAAACGGCAAGCUCUGCAUAACCCUGACCUACGGAAAACUCCAGAGUCGUUCUCACAAAAUAGCCUACACCCUCCUGAACAAAGCCCUGAGCCGCAAUCCCGGUGACAUAUGCCUGAAGCCCGGUGACAGAAUAGCCCUAGUCUACCCAAACAACGAUCCCAUAAGUUUCAUGUGUGCAUUUUACGGCUGUCUCCAAGCGGGAAUAGUCCCAGUGCCGAUUGAAGUGCCAUUAACCCGUCGUGACGCUGGCUCCCAGCAGAUAGGUUUUCUCCUCGGUAGUUGUGGAAUUCAAGUGGCUCUCACCAGCGAGGCAUGCCUCAAGGGCCUGCCAAAGACAACUGCUGGUGAAGUGGUUGCCUUCAAAGGUUGGCCAAAAUUACACUGGUUUGUAACCGAGCACUUGGGCAAAACCCCGAAAGACUGGCUACCACCGCCAAAAUUAACCGACGAAACACCAGCGUACAUUGAGUACACAACCGACAAGGAUGGCUCAGUGAUGGGUGUAACAGUGACAAGAGCAGCAAUGCUGUCGCACUGUCGUGCCCUGACAAUGGCGUGUGGCUACACCGAGGGUGAAAAUGCCGUUUGCGUUCUCGAUUUUAAACGCGAAGUGGGCCUUUGGCACAGCACACUGACAAGCAUUCUCAACGGUAUGCACGUCAUCUUCAUACCUUAUGCACUGAUGAAGGUCAAUCCAGCGAGUUGGAUGCAGAUGAUAACAAAGCACAGGGCCAGUGUGGCUGUUGUUAAGUCACGAGAUCUUCAUUGGGGCCUUCUUGCCACUAAAGAUCACAAGGAUAUAUCGUUGUCGUCACUGAGACUGUUGCUCGUUGCUGAUGGUGCUAAUCCGUGGUCAUUGUCCUCUUGUGAUCAAUUCCUGUCCGUAUUUCAGUCGAAGGGACUUCGACCUGACGCUGUAUGUCCGUGUGCAUCGUCCAGCGAGGCACUCACUGUCUCAGUGAGACGUCCUGGUAGGGCUGGUGUCAAUGCCACUGGACGUGGUGUUUUGUCAAUGUCCGGACUGAGUUACGGGGUCGUUCGCGUCGAUCAGGAGAAUUCAUUGACCUCGUUGACACUCCAGGAUUGUGGACAAGUUAUGCCUGGGAGUAUUGCUGUUGUUGUUAAGAUGGAGGGACAGGCUUUGAUUUGUAAGACGGAUGAAGUUGGGGAGAUUUGUCUGCACAGCAGUGCCACUGGGAGUCAGUACUGGGGACUUCAGGGGCUGACUAAUAACACUUUUAAGGUGACACCUGUGCAGAGCGAUGGCACUGCCAUUUCGGGGGGCGCUGAGGGGGAGUAUGUGAGAUCUGGACUGCUGGGUUUCUUGGGACCGGGCAAUUUGAUAUUUGUCUGUGGCUCGAGGGAUGGCCUAAUGACUGUCACUGGGAGGAAGCACAAUGCUGAUGAUAUUAUUGCUACUGUACUUGCUGUGGAACCUAUGAAGUUCAUUUAUCGUGGGAGGAUCGCUGUGUUCAGUGUUAGGGUACUCAGGGAUGAGAGGAUAUGUGUUGUUGCUGAGCAGAGGCCGGAUUGCAGUGAGGAGGAGAGUUUUCAAUGGAUGUCGAGAGUUCUCCAAGCAGUCGACUCAAUUCACGCUGUUGGCAUCUAUUGUCUCGCCCUAGUGCCACCCAAUUACCUACCAAAAACACCCCUCGGUGGUAUUCAUCUCUCCGAGACAAAAAGACGAUUUUUAGAAGGCACCCUACAUCCAGCCAAUGUACUCCUCUGUCCACACACUUGUGUCACGAAUCUGCCGAAGCCACGUGAAGUGCAUUCGGCGGGGGAUUCUGUUUCAGACGUUGGUCCAGCUAGUGUCAUGGUGGGUAACAUUGUCCAGGGUAAUCGUUUGGCAUCUGCUCAGGGACGCGAUCUUGGAAUUCUGGAUGAAGAGAGUGAUAAUGCUAAAAAGUACCAAUUCAUCUCCGAAAUUCUCCGAUGGCGUGCAGUAAGCACAUCAGACCACGUGAUCUUCACCUUGCUCAAUGCAAAGGGAGCAGUAGCCACCUCCCUCUCCUGCUCCCAGCUCCACAAAAAGGCCGAGAGAAUUGGCAAUUUGCUCCUAGACAAAGGAAGAAUAAACACUGGAGAUCAUGUAGCUUUAAUUUUCCCCCCAGGGACAGACCUCAUCUGUGCAUUCUACGGUUGUCUCUACGUCGGUGCAGUGCCAGUGACAAUAAGACCUCCUCAUCCCCAGAAUCUCCAGACAACUCUACCAACAGUGAGAAUGAUCGUUGACGUCAGUAAAUCAGUGCUCGUCCUGACUAAUCAGAAUAUGGUUAAAUUACUGAAGAGCAAGGAGGCGAAUAAUGUCGUGGAUAUCAAGAGUUGGCCAACUGUACUCGAUAUGGACGAUAUGCCAAAGAAAAAAUUGCCAGUUAUGUAUCGUGCACCAACAGCUGAAAUGCUAGCCUAUCUGGAUUUCAGUGUAUCAACAACUGGAAUGUUAGCUGGUAUCAAGAUGUCACAUGCUGCUGUUACAUCGUUAUGUCGUGCCAUGAAACUUGCCUGUGAACUUUAUCCCUCUCGUCACAUAGCCCUCUGCCUUGAUCCCUAUUCAGGACUUGGUUUUGCUCUCUGGUGUUUGAGCAGCAUAUACAGUGGUCAUCAUUCUAUUCUCAUUCCACCGUCUGAAGUCGAGGCUAAUCCGGCACUGUGGCUCUCGGCUGUCAGUCAAUUCAGGGUCAGGGAUACAUUCUGCUCGUAUGGAGUUAUGGAGUUGUGCACUAAGGGGUUGGGAUCUUCGGUACACGCUUUAAAGGCUCGUGGUGUUAGUUUGGCUUGUGUUCGAACUUGCGUUGUUGUGGCUGAAGAGAGACCUCGUAUUGCACUUACUACGAGCUUUAGUAAACUUUUCUCCGCGCUGGGGCUCAGUCCACGCGCUGUCUCUACGUCGUUUGGGUGCCGGGUGAAUACAGCUAUUUGUUUACAGGGCGCCUCGAGUCCCGAGCCAUCGACCGUCUACGUAGACCUCCGAGCCCUCAGAAACGAUCGUGUUUCACUGGUGGAACGGGGUAGCCCACACUCCCUGUGUCUAAUGGAAUCCGGCAAGCUGCUUCCAGGUGUCAAAGUGAUCAUUGCUAAUCCAGAGACCAAGGGACAAUGUGGAGACUCUCAUCUCGGUGAAAUUUGGGUGCAAUCGGCUCACAAUGCCAGUGGUUAUUUCACUAUUUAUGGGGAUGAGAGUGACUAUGCUGAUCACUUUAAUGCUCGUCUUGUCACUGGAAAUACUGGCGAGGUUUACGCUAGAACUGGAUAUCUCGGAUUUCUCAGGCGCACUGAGUGCGUUCAACAGUCUGCGGUCGGUGGCGACGUGUCUGGUGCGGCCAGUGACACGUCAGUCUCGGAUUUGGACAUCUCAGCGCCGGGUGAUGCUGAGCUGCAUGAUGCUGUUUUCGUCGUUGGGGCAUUGGACGAGGCUAUUCUUCUCAGGGGAAUGCGGUAUCACCCCAUUGAUAUUGAGAACAGUGUCAUGAGGUGUCACAAGAAAAUUGCUGAAUGUGCUGUAUUCACAUGGACCAAUUUACUCGUGGUUGUUGUCGAGCUAAACGGCAGUGAGAGCGAAGCCCUGGAUCUCGUUGCCCUAGUAACAAGUGCUGUCCUCGAAGAGCAUCACCUUGUCGUUGGUGUUGUUGUGGUAGUUGAUCCCGGUGUUGUACCAAUUAAUUCACGAGGUGAAAAACAGAGAAUGCACCUGAGAGAUGGAUUUUUGGCUGAUCAAUUGGACCCAAUCUACGUGGCGUAUAAUAUGUGAGCACACAUGAAAAAAAUCGCACACAGUCUCACAUCCACAACAUUAUUAUUAACAGUUAUAAUAACGUAUGUCGAUACACAUGACAGAACAAUUUUAUACAAUUUUUAUUUGAUGAAUUGUUGGAUCCAUACGUACUGUGAUGUUUACGUAUGUAGAGUUAUUAUCUCGUAUUUGCUAACUCUGGUGAUGCCAAAACAAUGCUCUCACACGUUUUGAACAUGUCUGAGGUUGUGUGGGGCAGCUAAAUGUUUUUUUUUCUUCGUUUAUUUUAAUUUAUUGUUCUCUCAAGGCUCCAGCGUUUGGAGCAGACUGACCGAUCGACUGUAGCAAAAGCAAGAAUUCAAUGAAAAAAAUGAAAAGAUUUAUAGCGUACACUGGCAGAAAAUCAUUGAAAUUUCAUGGACA